GCAUCUCCCUCCUUGUCCACCUUUUCGCACCAACGCAUCAUGUCGCCAUCUCCAUCUCUGAACCACAGACCCACGAACGACAGUGCCAGCAACCUCAGUAUGAGCUACCAAGAGCAGAUUUCGAACGUGGGCAACCUUUCGUCCAAAGAGCUCGAUUUCAAGACCGUCAGCAAGCACUUUGUAAGCCAAGAAGACACCCUCAAGCUCCAGGGAGGCGAUAUCGCUCGUCAGAUCUACCACCAGCUCGAAAACGGCUCGGACGGAAGUGUUAACAAGAUGGGAACGUCGCCUUCUAGUCACCACGGGGGUUCUGGCGUGGCGUCGCCGGUUUUUCUGAAGGAUUACCCAAAGAGACGGACGCGGAGCUCGUCUUUCUCCACCUACUUGAGCGAAACACGUCGUGAGUCCACAGCCAGCGACAUCAACGUGCCUGGCGGGUUCAGGAGGGAGUUUCUCAUCAACAAGUCCUUGCAGAAGAACGAAACACCGCCCAAUUUCUUGACACGUAACUUUGUUGAGUUCUUGUCGAUAUAUGGCCACUUUGCGGGAGAAGACUUCAGCGACGACGACGGAGGCUCCGACAGCGAGGAGACCGAUUUGGAAAGCGCCCACGGAUCCUCCUACGAAGAGGUGUUCGACGAGGAAUCGUCGUUGUUGAACGAGCCCAAGGAGGCACCCAAGGGUACUGCUUCGGUGCUCAAGACAUUUUUCUUGUUGUUCAAGUCUUUGGUGGGCUCGGGUGUGUUGUUUUUACCCAGAGCCUUCUACAACGGAGGUUUGUCCUUCUCGAUCUUUGCCUUGACGUUGUUUGGCGUGCUCACCUACCUCUGCUACGUGGUGCUCAUCAAGUCCAAGAAGACCAUGAACUUGUCGUCUUAUGGUGAGUUGGGAUUCAAGACCUACGGUAAACCGUUGAAAAUCUUCAUUUUGAUUUCCAUCGUGUUGUCCCAGUUCGGCUUCGUGGCCACCUACAUUCUCUUUGCGGCCGAGAACAUGAUCUCGUUCUUGGGCAGCGUGCUUCCUGACGGUGCAAGUGCCUACUUGAACACUGCUAAUCUCGUGCUCAUCCAGUUUGUGCUUUUGGUUCCGUUGGUUCUCAUCCGUAACUUGACCAAGUUGUCGUUAGUGUCGUUGGUGUCGUCAGUUUUCAUCAUCGUGGGUCUUGUCAUCAUCUUCUACUACUCAGGUGUCCAGUUACUCACCUACGGUGUUGGCCCCAACAUCCAGCACUUCAACUCCAAGAACUGGUCCAUGUUGAUCGGGGUGGCUGUGACCUCGUUCGAGGGCAUUGGCCUCAUCUUGCCCAUCGAAGCGUCCAUGGCCCAACCAGAAAAAUUCCCCAUGGUGUUGUUCGUGGGUAUGACUGUGAUUACCGUGCUUUUCGUCGGAAUUGGAACCGUGGGCUACUCGUCAUUUGGUGACGAGAUCAAGUCCAUCAUCAUCCUCAACUUGCCCCAGAGCAAGUUUGCCGUGCGCUCCAUUUUGGUGUUGUACUCGUUGGCUGUGUUUUUGACAGCUCCAUUGCAAUUGUUUCCAGCCAUAAAGAUUUUGGAGGCCUUGGCCUUCAACCCGGCCGUGAAAACCUCCAAAACAAAGAGCAAGGCUGACAGCGAAGGCAAACUCUAUCGCCAUUCAGGCAAAUAUAACCCUCAGGUGAAGUGGUUGAAGAACCUCUUCCGGUCGGCAGUGGUGGCUAUUAUCUGUGCCAUUGCCUAUGCUAACGCCAGCAACAUCGACAAGUUUGUGUCGUUCAACGGGUGUUUUGCGUGCAUUCCGUUGGUGUACAUCUACCCACCAUUGAUCCACUUGCGUACCUUGAAGCACAAGCCUAAUUGGACCCGCCAGGACUACUGUUUGCGGGUUUUUGACUACGUGUUAUUCGUGGUAGGUAUUGUUGCUGUGGUGUAUACCACCUACCAGAUCUUGUUCAAGAUCUAGUACGAGGGUCAAGUCCAAGAGGGAUGUUACGGAUUAUACCCCUCAUACUCCCUGAUUUCCUCGUGAUCUGCCCCUGUCCGUUACGAAUUAUCUCAUACUUCCUGAUUCCCUCAUGGGAUCUGCAUCUAUAGACAUCUCCUCAACUGGAGUUCCUCCAAAAUAUUCUAGAUAAGGGACCAACAGUGGUUCUGGAUAUUUAGAUAAAACAAUUGAUAAAGUUUUAAAAUGAAUACUAAUAAACAACAUUCCAGAAGCUAGUAAUGAUUCAUUGGUGUAGACUUG